AUGUUUUCGACAGCACAGGCAUUGACGACGGGACGAUUGGCUGUGAAUGCUGUACGAGUGCCUCGCAUGGCGGCAGCUUUCUUGCAUGCUAAUUCGGUCGUCCGUAGUGAAGCCACAUUCCAAGCGGAUGCUGCUGAAUUGACAGAUAAACAAAAAGACGCUGCAUUGGCUGCCUUUGGAGCUCGCUUGGGCCUUCAGAAUCUCGAUUCACAUGUAUUGGAAAAAGCGGUGACCCAUGCUUCUGCCAGUCAGGAAAACAACGCCGUCUUCACCGCUCUCGGCAAACGUGUUUCUUCCUUGUAUACUCUUGAGUAUUUGCACUGCAGAUAUCCCUGGAUCCCUACCAAGACUCUUGACAACGUGGUAGGCGCCUAUGUCGGCAACAAAUUCUUUUCCCGUUUGGGUAAGCAUAUGGGAUUGCAGCAUGUUAUGCGUUGGCAACCGACACAGGGAGUUGAGGGAAUCGAGGAUAAACCGUUGGUUCAUGAAGUGGCUCUCAGUGACUGCAUGAACGCCUUGAUUGGUGUCAUAUACGAAAAACAGGGCGAAGAUGCAGCAAAAAAAUUCAUCCACGCACAUAUCUUAUCCGCCGAUACAAUCGUGAAAGAUAUCGUACGAGAAACAUGGAAGAACAACCCCAAACGCCAUUUAUCCGCACUGUUACGCAAGGUUCAUAAAGAAUCGCCUAUUUCUCGUUUGGUCUCGGAAACAGGUCGCCAUUCCAGUGCACCAGUAUAUGUUGUUGGUGUGUUCUCAGGGGAAGAAAAGUUGGGUGAAGGAUUUGGCUCUUCAUUACAAAUGGCUGAGCAUCGAGCUUGUAUUGACGCACUGCAAACUCAUUACUGCAGAGAAGAAAAGACAUUUACAUUGCCUUCGGAUGCAGACAAGGUCGACCACUACAAACCGCCUGUCCUUGGCGACAGUCAAGCACAAAUUUAG